AUGCCCCCAAUGAAUACGAUACCGAUUCCAAAAGAAGCCAACGAACAAAUCCCUCUGGAGCCGGCCAGUGUGCCGGUGAAAGCCAAGGAGAAUCCACCGCCUAAAGUCGACCGCCCGCGUCCUCAUGUCUGUUCUAUAUGCACCAGGUCGUUUGCGAGAUUGGAGCAUCUAAAACGCCAUGAGAGAUCCCAUACGAAGGAAAAGCCAUUUGAGUGCCCGGAAUGCCUAAGGUGUUUUGCGCGCCGCGAUUUGUUGCUACGACAUCAGCAAAAACUACAUCUCACUACAACUCCCUCAAGUCGACCUCGCAAUGGCGUGCGCCGUGAGAGCACAUCCUCCGUAGCACAGCCAGCCGGCAGUAGAGUUCGCAAGAACUCGGUUAGUAAUGCUGGGGGACGGCCUCGUGCAAACACUAUCGCUCAUGUCGAUAGUAAUACUCUUAGCCUAUUGGCCAAAACGACAACUGGAGCCAAUCAGAAUCUCCCGAAGCUCGAGACAGGCUCACUCCGCGGCCUCAAUGUUGUAGGGACAUCGCUAGGAGCAUCUACGGUAGUACCGCAGGAACUCGACAUUGAAGGCAUACUGUUCGGAAAUCCAACCACAGUAAACCCGGCAGUUCUUCAAUUCAGUGCGUCUCCACACGCUAACACCUUUGGAUCUCCAACCUCCCCUUUCGAGCCGGUUUUCGGGAAUUCAAACGCCGUAAUUGACGACGACGAUGACCCUACCGAGUGGAUGAUGCUCGGGACGGGCGUGUACGCCUCUGAACAAGCUGUGGAAAGCUCAUCUCCAAGUGCAAUUAGCACGACGUCGAUUAGUGCUGUGAGCGAGGCUCUGCAGGACACCAAUACAUGGUGGAAUAACAAUGCAUCCACUAUGAGCUCUGCUACAACAUUGAGCACUUCACCGUUUAUGUCAGCUUCUGAUUACAAUACCACGUCCUUCAACCCAUCUCCCCCUCCACCUGCGGGAACGAUAUCUCCAAAGGCUCUCCAGGCACAGGGAGGGAAUCAUCAUGAUUUACCAUUCUUCGCCAACUAUAGCAUGACUAAUAUUUCCCCAAACCAUUUCCUUUCACCAGAAUCCCACUUCCAACCAGAGAUGCAGCAUGAAUUUCCUCAUGAUUUCUCAGGAUUUCAACAGACGACCCCAGCAGCACAUGCGACACAGACAAUAACGGACUCCGCACGAGCAGCAAUCCUUUUGACCCUUGCUCAAUCAUCCAAUGCGUACCGCAAUCAUCAACAAGCCCAACAUCAGCGUCGCUAUUCCUCUGCUCAGUCACCUCCUCUCCAUGUUCAUCGAAACUCUUUUACUGCCCAACUUCCGGGUACUCAGGACCUUCAAAAAUAUGUGCAAAGCUAUAUCAAGCAUUUCCAUCCUCACAUGCCUUUCUUCCAUAUUGCAACACUGGAUUUCUCUUCUCCUUCCUAUGCCGUAAGCCAAAAGAAAGACAACCUCCUUGGGUUGAGUGGCUUUGCGGGCGGCGGAGGCUGCCUUAUUCUCUCUAUGUCUGCUAUCGGUGCACUCUAUGCGGGUGAGGUCUCCGUAGCUAAGGAGAUCUAUGAAGCGGCUAAGAGGAUGAUCCAUGUCUUCAUCGACAAUAGAAGAAAGGCAUCUGUCUCUGCUGCCGUCUCCGGGAAUGGAGGGGGCGCACAGUCUACUCCACUCUGGUUGGUACAGUCAAUGCUCUUAAAUGUAGUAUUUGGCUUGAACAGCGGAGAGCAUAUGUCCAGCGAACUUGCUCUGUCUCAUUGCACUGCGGUGGUUUCCUUGGCACGAAAUGCCGGACUAUGCAAGCCAUAUACAAACGUGCAUAGCACUAGCCACCUCGGGCCUGAUGCAAGCAUGCUCGAUAUGUGGAACGGGGCGAUGAAGCUCGAAAGCUUGGAUGACCAUGCAGAUUGGAUCAAAUGGAUUGCUGAGGAGGAGAGAAAACGUACACUGUACGCAGUUCACAAGCUUUCCUCGAUGCUUUGCAUUACCUACAACCACUCCCCGGCUUUAACAAAUUCCGAAAUCCGGCUGGAUCUCCCCUGUGACGAAGAACUCUGGGCCGCGGAAACAGCAACAAUGUGGAAGAUGAGAGGUGGUAUUCAGGCGGCAAAACAGGCCGCGGUUCCUUUCUCAAUGGCAUUGAACACGCUCCUCUCUGCCAACCAAACCCAACAGGAUCGUGCGCACAAUAGGGAGGAUCAAAAAUACAUGGGCCCCCACGGAAAACUGAAGCCCUCCGAACUUCGCCCUAGCCACUUUGGUGCCCUUUCUCUUAUCCUCGCACUUCACGUUUACAUUUGGGAAACUCGGCAACUUAGCCAGUCCAGGCAAUUUUCUGCGACUGAAGUAGAGGCUGUCCAUGCACAUAUCGAGCCAGCACUCCGGGCCUGGGAAGAGGCUUGGGCAUCGCACCCACAGUCUAGCAUCGAGAGACCUAGCCCAUUCGGUAUUGGUCCUAUGGCUGCAGAUAGUAUUCCUCUCCUAAACCUUGCUUAUGUUCGCCUGUUUGUUGAUCUGGGCAUGUCAAGAGGGCCUUUGUUCGCUCGCGACUUCUCUGGGAUGAUUGACGAACUAAACAAAAACUGGGCUGAGCAACCAACUGCUACCUCCUCUGCAAACUCCUCCGCUUCCGAAUCUGCGGAUACGCCGCCUGGAUCCAACAGCUCUCCAGCCUCGUCCCCCAACUCGGCUCUAACAUCGCCAGAUCUCAAUCCUUCAAGGGGUGGCGCACACUACCAAACCCCAUACUCACAAUCUAGCGGGAUAUCAUCUCGGCGCGAAAAACACAUUCGCCGAGCCGCUUUCUACGCCGCGGAUGCUCUCGCUAUGUCUGAAAAAUCCGGGCUCUCAUCCCCCGACUUUCUAUCAAGGGAACUCCCAAUGCAAUCUUUAAUGUGUGCUUUUGAUUGUGCACAAGUUUUAGCAGAGUGGGUUAACGCUGUUCAGGAGCGAGUGCGACCAUUCAUGGGCAAAUUUGGAGACGCGGAAUGUGAUCUGAUGAGCAUUGAGGCUUUGAUGAUGUUGGAGAACGAAGAUCGUGUAUUGCUAGGUCGUGUGAUUGAGAUUCUUAAGAAGUCACACGAAAAAAUGGUGUUCGAGUGGGAUAGCAUCGUUGGAGGUAAUGACGAGGUCAGCGUGAGCAUUCUAAGAGUUAGUGCUCACUUGUUGGAGAAAGCCUCUGUCUGGCCAGUUGUAAGGGUCUACUCUUCUGCCCUUCGCUACCACGCCGACAACAUUGAAUCUAGGCCCAAGAACACUGGAAUCCUUGGGCAUGGCCACUAA